AUGUUGAUCGUAUUUCUAAUACUGUUGUCAUCGUUUGUUAAUCUAUCUUCCGAACAAAAAUGUAAUCGUGAACGAAUGUCUGUGUGGAACGCUGAGCAACGACUAAUUUGUGAUCUACUUGAUAACUACCAAGUCAAAUGGGGUCGACCUGUUAGGAAUAUGUCGGAAGACGUCGAAGUACGAUUUGGUUUACAACUUAUUCAUAUCAGCGAUCUGGACGAGAAAAAUCAAGUAUUAAUUACAAAUCAAUGGCAAAUUUAUGAAUGGGAUGAUGAAGCCUUGACAUGGGAUCCUGAAGAUUAUGAUAAUCUUAUGGAUAUACGUCUUCCUAUUAAACGUAUUUGGCAACCAGAUGUCACGUUAUACAACUAUGCUGAUACACGUCUUGAAGAGAAACGUGAGGUGCUUGCAACUGUCUACUACAAUGGAACUGUUCUUUGGAAGCCAAUGUCAAUUUUUAAGUCAACAUGUCAAAUUGACAUCCGACGCUUUCCGUACGAUCGACAGAAUUGUACGAUGAAAUUCGGCUCGUGGACAUACGAUAGUUCGAAAGUUAACCUUCAAUUCUAUCGUAAUAUUCAUCAAUUUGACCUUCGAUCAUAUGUCUUAUCAAAUGAAUGGGCUAUAACAUAUAAUAAUGCUUCACGUAAUGAAGAGAAAUAUGACUGCUGUCCGGAAAUUUAUGUCGAUUUAAAAUUUAAUAUUACACUUGAACGACGAGGAGGAUUUUAUAAUUAUAUUUUAAUUUUACCAUGCGUUUUACUCUCAUGUUUGACAUGCAUUCUAUUUUGGCUGCCGCCGGAAAGUCCAUCGAAACUCGUGCUUGGAAUGAACAUUUUCACAUCAUUCUUUGUGUUGUUACUUCUGUUAUACAAAAAUAUGCCAUCCAACGCUGAACAUAUUCCUCGUAUUGCUAAAAGUAGAUUUGACAGAACAAGCAAUGAAUGGAUUCAUAGGAGCGCGUACUAUUGUUUAAAUAUGGGCAUGAUAGCCACAUCAACGUUUCUAUGUGCCAUAGUUGUUCACAUUUACUUUCGAGGCAAUGGGCCGAUGCCGCCAAUGUUACGAAGGGUUUUUCUUGAAUGGCUUGCACCAUUGUUCCUCAUGGUACCACAUACAAAUAUCUAUCAGCAACAUGCAGUUAAUGGAUUAGUUCCUCCGAUAAAAGCAACUUGUGAUGGUGAUAAAUUCGAGAAAUUCGAAUUGCUAAAAGAACGCUUCAAAUCAGCUGGUGAUAAACGUACUGUAACGGCGACGAAUAAUGAUUCAUUAGAGACAUUAGAGAUGAUGAAUGAUCAUAGUUCUCACCAUCAUCAUCAUCACCAUCAUCACCCAGUUAGUCAAGAAAACUCCAUAGCACAACAAAUUCAGCAGCAGAUAUCCGCGUCAAUCACAUUUAUGACUGUGGAAAGUGAUUUGAAGGAAAUUCGAGAUUUUCUUCGAACAACUAGAAAACGUAUGGAAGAUAAAGAAGCCAAAGCAAAAACAGUAAACGAUUGGAAACAAGUUGCGCUUGUGCUGGAUCGAACAUUCUUUUUUAUUUAUUUAACAGCAAUUAUUAUAUGCCUUAUUGUUAUGUUUCCUCGAUAA